AGAACUGAAACCUAAUUUAUGCUGCAGAACACCAUAGCAUGGAAAGGUUGAUACAGCUGCCAAUUCCUUAUGCCUUCCCUGCAAAACCAAUCGAACAUGGAAAAUUGACUGUUUCUUGAUGCAAUCUUUACUGGAAAGGAGGAGAGAUAUUGGAAGUGAGGAGGGAGCUUGGUGGAUUUAUCGAAAAAACCCAGACACCCAUUGAUGUCUUCAGCCAAUAGAAAUGACAUGUUAAAAAAGGGGAUGGCUAUUUUAUCCAAUGGAAUCAAAUAGACAUUAGAUCUAUUUUUUCCAGUCUUUUUGUAAGCAUAGAAGACUUUCAUUUUUUAAAAGAAGUGCUUAAUUUUUAUUGUCUGUUUCUUUUGUAUCAAGCUAUUUACAAAGAAUUAAAGGACGAAAUUGCAAGACAAGGCAACAUAAUAAGCGAUAUACUUUUUUUCUCCUCUUUUCUAUAUUUUUUGCAUGGAUACUGUUUGCAGGAAUUCUGAAUAUGUGCAACAAUACAGGAUUUUAUACUUGAUACAUUUUUUAUGAAAGAGGAAUCAAGACAGCUAACUGAGAGACUACAGCCCCUUAUAUACUAGAGGGCUGGACUAAAGCCCAUUGGUUGCUGAUGCCUGGGGAUCCUGUGCCCAUGGAAGUCUGGGUUUUGUUGAGAGACAUUUUUGUAAUGAAGACAACUUUUUAUAAAGUUUAUUAAAGCAAAAUUACUAGUUGAAAGUGAGUUCAUUGUACAUGAUCCUCCAUCAUUCCUCAUUUGAAGACUUCGAAAGCACUGCAGCCGAAGAACAAAGGCUCUUCUUCCACACACCAAAAGAAAACUAUAUUUGUUACUGCCACAGUUAGCCAUAUUUCUCAUCUGCCAUGUAUCAUCUGUUAACAGUGUUAAUCAGUAUUACUUUAGAUGCUCUUGGGGUGCACUCAGCUCUCAGUGUUGGUGCUGUCCAGAGCCGAAAACAUAUGAACCAAACACAAGCGUUGCCAAUGCUGCUUGCUCUCAUGAAGCGUCCACAGGCAUCCCAGAAUGCCUCUACAGCAUUGAGCCAGAACAUACCAGAAAUGUGUUAUGGAUACUAUGAUGUGAUGGGGCAAUAUGAUGCCACCUUUAACUGUACCACAGGUACAUAUCGUUAUUGCUGUGGCACAUGUCACUAUCGCUUUUGUUGUGAGCAUCGUCACAAGCGUUUGGACCAGGACAGUUGUAAAAACUAUAACAGCCCUUUCUGGGCACACACAACCCAACCUAUUACCACCAGUGCUAACAGCAAGUUGAACGAUCAUGGACAUGCAGACCAGACCAAUAGCACCGUCUACGUCAUCUGUGGUGUCAUUAGUUUCACCCUAGCCGUGGGCAUCGGAGCCAAGAUUGCCUUUAACAAGGCUUCCCGGCGCCCACGGGGGAGAGAGAUUAAUGUACCCAGAGCUCUUGUGGACAUUCUGCGUCACCAAUCAAUACAAGGGAGCCAUGGAGAGAGAAAUAACAGCACUAUUGUGAGUUCAGGAACGCAUGAUAAUGGACCUUCACGUCCUCCAAAAAACCUUUAUAAUCCAGUAAAGUCUGCAAAGAACAACCAUGAUAAUAUGCACCAUAAUUUCAUCCUUACUGUUAACAGCCCAAAGCAUGCAGCAACAUUAGACUACCGGAUUAACAAUACUCAACUUCCAACUUCUUCCACAAAAUAUAAUACCAUGUCCUCCUCUCGGUCAUUUCAUAACCUCUCCCACCUACCACCUUCUUAUGAAUCUGCCAUUAAAUCUGACAUCAGCAGGUAUUCUUCACUCAAGAGACUGGCAGAGAAGGAUAUGGAUGACUUUUACUUAAAACGGAAACAUCUUGCAGAAUUGACUCGUGGUACUCUCCCUGUUCAUGUCAUGAAGAUGAACUAUGAACGUGAUGGUUAUCUUGAAAAAUCACAGACACCAAGACGUGUCAUGUCCCAGGAGCACAUUCUUUCAGACAAUCACUAUCCUGUUCAUUACGAUUAUACUAUACCCAGAGAUCGCCUCAUCUCUCAAGAACGUCUUCUUUCUCGUGAGGUCUUGCACUCACAGGAGCAUCUUCUGUCUCCAGAAAGAAUUCACCAUCGUGGGCCAACACCUUUCCAGGAAAUGCGUCUUGGGCACCAGAAAGCCCUUUCUCACACCAAUGUUUGUGUUAGCACACCAAUGUUAGACCGUCACCACAUGAUUAAAAUGAAUUCCCACCCAACUUCUUCCAAUUCUCCCAAGAUGACCUGGGAUAUGCCAAAUCACACUGCCAAUCGGCGGCAAGCAUUUGCCUCUAAGCGUCAAAACACCAUUGAACAACUCCAAUUUAUUCCUGGUCAUCUCCCCAGCCAACAUCUGCGUACUGGGAGUAAGAAUGAGGUUACAGUCUGAGCUGCUUAUAUUUACCAUUCACUUUUUCUAUUUUAGGUAAAAAGGCAAUUGAUUUUGUCAUGUGGCUUCCUCACAAUGUUCUUAUUGCUUACUUUGUAAUGAACUGCUCUUAAAACCUAGAAAAGAGCAGUUUACUGGAGUAAUGAAAAGAGCAGGUUUUUGCAUUUUUAGUUAAUUGCUUUAUUGUAGGAAGCUGCCUCCACCGCCAAGUUGAUGGAACAGUCAUUGGCAUUAAAUGAUGUCAAGGGUGAUGGUGUUAAAAAUGAAGCAAGAAGAAAACACAGCACCUUAUUUGGUUAGAUAUUACUUUAAAAGCACUGGAAAGACUGAGGAUAUAGAAAAGGAACAGAAAAUUUUGAUUUUUGCCAGUAAGAAGAUGCGUCAUUGAAAUUUAAAUAACUGUCAGUCCACAUUUAAUAAGGUUUGGGUGAAAAUAGAGCUCAACGAGAAAAAAAAAUGGUUGCACAGUAACAUUUCUACAAUGACAAAUAAAACGGAUGACCACAGUGAUGGCUCAGAGUAGCACUACAAAGACUUUAUUGGAUAUAUGCUUGAUUCCCAAACUUGAUUUUAUUACUUUUGCUAAAGAAGGUACUUUAUACAAUCGAGUGUAAAAUGUUAUUGCCAGUGGUUCCAUACAGCACAAACUGUGCCAGUUAUUCAGUCCAACGGUAAUACAACUUUCUUCACAAUGUAAGCAGCUACAAUGAACUACAUCCACUUUUGUUGCUUUUGCCAUCAAUAACAGAUAAGACAUUGGAAAAGCUUGCUGUGGUCUACAAGAACAACCUUUCACCCUCUUGAAGUAUAUAGUUUGAUAUGUUUACUAGCUGCGUCAUCUAUUAUUAAAAAUAUUCCUGCAUCAAAAGAAAGCCAUCUAGUUCCUUACAUUGUGGUAUCAACGCUUCACAUGAUUUAGUCAUUUUAUUAAAAAAAAAAAGGAUUGUGCCAUAAAGAAAUCUUUAUUUUAUUAUUAUAUUUCUUACCUCAAUGACGUCACACUAUUUCAGACUUCUUUCUUAACUUUUUAUCUCCAUGCCAUCACUGACAUUGCUGGCAACCUGACCUGUAAAGUUCCCCUCCUCCCCUACACUUCCAUGGAGUUCUCUCAAACACAAAUGGCCUUAACUGUUUCAAUAAUAUCUCCCCUCAGGCAGUAUUUUGAAUUAUUAUGCUAAUUAUAGAAUUGUAUAUUCUGCCAGUUUCCAACUUACAGAUGUGCCAUGUGUGACCAUUCUUUUUGCCAUACUACCAAUCAAGAUGUCAAAAAGCUAUAAUAUCCCAUUUCCUGAAAAUGAAUAUUCAGAUGAUUUAUUGGGGUUUCACUAAUUGUUCUGGCUAAACUGUUUUGUUGGACAUAAUCUAAAUGAAAGUGUCACAUACACAAGUCCCAUCUUGCUGCUAAAAUAUUAACAUUACCAAGAUACCGAACACAUCUUAAAAAAUAAUAACAUGCCCUAUUUUUAUCUAAUGGGGGAUUCACACAGACAGCAAAACUCCAUUGAUUGGUGAAGUCAAGAAUCUUAAUGUGUAGUAGGAUCAGAAAUUACGGUGUUGUACUUUUAAACCAUGUAGCGAGCUUAUUUAUGAAAACAUUUUUUUAAGCAUUGCCAAUAGCAUUGUUCAAUGUGUUUGGCUAUAGUGAUGUCUAAAGUGAGGGUUCCUACAUAGCUUUUGUUGUAUUUCAUACUAUCAUUGCAGAAUUUGAGAUAUUGCAUUUUAUGAACUGUUGCACAAAAGAAAACCAAACAAUGUCUGAGUUUUCAGCAUCAACAUUUGAAUAGAUUUUGUAAGGUCAAUGAACUUUGAUAGACUGAACAGCAUGCAUGAGGAAACAUACAGGUUAUUUAAGAGAUGUGAGCUCUCAGAUAAAAUUCCUUACCAACUAGCAUAAGGAGCUGGAAAGUGAAUACACAGUGCCAAAAUGUUGUAAACUUCUAUUACAGAACAUGCUGACAUAAUGUAUAUACACAUGUUUAAAUACACAAAAAUGUACAACUCAUUGGCCCCACAAAGAAAAUAAUAGAAUGAUGCCACAAACUCUGAAAAGUAUCACAUUAAUCUAUCUGAAUAUGCUUGUUUGAAAAGGACAGUCAGCUCUUUUUCAGUACAUAUUUAACUAUAUAUAUAUAUCUACAGCAUGUAGCAUGACACAAGGAAAUAUUUCAAUUAAUCAAAGUUCUACUGCCCAAUUUAAGCACCCACCUAUCACCAUUAGAUUUCUAAUGAGAGAUCUAUUGUUUCCUUCAUAAGAAAAAUAAUGCCUUCACUACAAUACAUAAAUGGUGACAACAAAGACAAAUAUAGUCAGAACAGGUA